AUGGUUCGCGCAGGAGAGCCGGAACCGCGCCGUUCGGUACGCGCGACCAAGGGCCAACACACCAAAGCCUUCGACGACCAACCGAUCGAACCGCCCAAAAAACGAGGCAGAAAGAAGAAGCAAGAGGAGGAGCCUGAGGAAGAAAUCAUUCGUUGCGUCUGCGGCGCCACGGAACAGGACGGCGACUCGGAAGAGCCUUGGAUUGCUUGCGACAAGUGCACAGCAUGGCAGCACAACGUUUGCAUGGGUAUGAGUGUCUUCACGGAAGACCUUCCUAAGAACUACUACUGCGAACAAUGUGCUCCUCAAGAUCACAAAGAGCUCCUGUCCGCCAUGGCGCUGGGCGAGCGUCCGUGGGAAACGCGCCGCAAGGUCUACGAGGAGGAACAGAACGAAAAGAAGAAGAAAAAGAAGAAGGGUGGCAGGGGGGGGAAGCGCGCCAGCGAUCCCAAGGAGGAGUUGUCGCAAGAUACGCGAAGCAACAAGGCCGAAGACUCGCCAGCUCCCUCGGAGACCAAGGAGAAAAAGGACAAGAAGGAUGGAGCCUCCAAAGUGGCCACAGGCAAGCGCAAGACAAGGGAAGACACCCUCGAGAAGGACGUCAAAACACCAGCGCCCAAACAGCGCAAAGUAUCAGAGCCUGAAGCCUCUCCUGUCGUCAGCUACACCGCACCGGCCGACCUGGAUGCGAAGGUUACGGAUCUUCAGGAAGAUCGCAAGGGCCCUGCCCAGCUUCUGCAAAAGGCGAUUGCUGGUAUCCUCACUACCGCCGUCAAGGACAAGAGCAUCACUCUUCCGAAGGACACCACUGUCGCGGCGAAAGCGGAGCGUCUUGCUCUUGAGAUCGAACGGGCAGUUCACGAUGCACAUCCGGACCGGAGCCAGUAUGCUACGCAAGCAAGGAUCUUGUACGCAAACAUGAGGAUGAACGGCGAUCUGACCAAGCGACUACUGAAGCGCACUCUUUCGCCGCCAAUGCUGGCUACCAUGACCGCUGACGAGCUGGCCACCAAGGAGAGACAGGAGGCCAAUGCCCAGCUGAAGGCUAUCUCGGAGAAGCAGUCCAUCCUGAUCACUGAGGACGGCCCUCGUGUUCGCAGAACGCAUAAGGGCGAGGAGAUUGUUGAGAACGAUUCUUUCCAACAAACUGACGAUGGGCGAACCUUCAUUCGACGACCCGGUGGCCGAGAGGGAGGAGAAUCAAACUACGACAACUCGGCCGAGCUCUCAGCCCACUCUGGAUUGCAUAUCGAUACCCAUGGAGCUCGUCACUCGCCCAAGCAUCCCGACUUUGAUAUCAACAAGGUGUAUGCAACUGUCAAGUCGCCGACGAGCGCCCACAACCGCCGGCCAUCAGCGCCAAUUCACGGACCGGGCGUAGACCACGAUGUGGACAGGCUUCUUCAAGAAGAGACGGAUUCCCCGCCCUAUUCGCCCACAGACGAGACUGAUCCGGACGUGGUUUGGCGCGGUCAUCUGGUUAUGAGCUCGAUUGCCGACUUCCAGGCCUCAGCCAAGUUCGUCGGCGGGGCUAACCUAUCUAACACGAUUGGGUUGCCUUGGACUAGUCUGAUUCCGAAGAGACUCAUGGUAGCAGGGCGCAUCGACGAACAGAAGGCUAUAGAAUAUCUAUGCGGCUUGCGGUACGCUGACCAGACCGAUAUUGUCGUCGUGGCAGUAUCCCCAGCCUCCGAAGGCUCCCGUCGCGAGUUUCAAUCGCUUUUCGACUACUUCGUCUCCAAGAAGCGAUAUGCCGUUGUCGGCGACAAGGGCGUUGGCAAUGUGAGGGACACAUAUCUCGUUCCCGUUCUUCCUGGAGAGGGCAACGUACCCGAGUUCAUGCUCAACUUUUCCGACAACCUCGUACCUCAGAAGAGGACGGAGCCGAUGCUUCUGGCUGUCUUUGUCUAUCGAAAUAGUCCAAGGCAGCCUCAGCUCGGCGGUGCUGUCUCCCAAUCACCCGUCGCCAGCACGCCAACUCCUACACAGGCGGGUUUCCCUCCAAGACAUCCUUCGAUAUCUGGACCAGCAUUCUCGCCGACUGUUGCUCAGGGGCCCUUUCAGCAGCCGGGUCAGACACCUGCCGGUAACGGCCACGCACCGCAGGAGCACCCGAUACAAGGAGCACACCAGGUUGUGCCGCCGAAUCAGCCUCCUGCAGGCUACAUAAGUAAUCGCGGCCCUGAGGUUGAGAAGCAACAACGUCAGCAACAGGGUCACGCCCUUGCACAGGAGGUGUUGGGUCCGUUGAUUAACAGUCCCACGGUGAAGUUCCUCCUGCCACAAGCCUAUCAAAUGUCACGGACGGAAUGGGAGGUUAUUCGGGCAUCCUGGAGAAGGAUCCACGGGCAAGGGAUGAUCUGA